GGGGAGCACUUCCUGCCCGGAACGCGGCUCGGGCUGUGUGUGAUGUGUGCACCGCUCGGGGCUGAGAACACGUAGGGAAUCUGCGCGUGUCGCUCGGAGCUUCGGAUUGUACUGAGAAGAGUGGAUUCCAUACUAUGACAAUUCCUGAAAGAGAAUCCUAUCCAGUGAUGACCAGAUUCCUUAAAGAUAUCCCCCAAGGACUGGAAUGUUAUGAAUCUUGCAGAAGUGAGGAGAGUAGAGAGAUACAAAAAGAUUCCUUGAUUGAAACAGUUUUUGACAAGAAAGCUCCUAAGGGGGAGAAAGACUUCGAUGUCAUCUCAAAUCCGGAAACAUAUCCACAAAGCACUGCAAGGCAACUUCAUAAAUGUAAUAUCUGUCAUAAAAGCUUCAAAUGUUAUUCGGAUGUUAUUAAACAUCAAAGAUUUCAUACUGUAGAAAAACCCUAUGAAUGUGGGGAAUGUGGGAAAACCUUCAGCCAGAGUUCAGAUGUUAUUAAACAUCAUAGGAUUCAUUCUGGAGAGAAACCUUAUGAAUGUAGUGAUUGUGGGAAAGCUUUUAUUCACAGCUCACAUGUAGUUAGACAUCAGAGAAUUCAUAGUGGAGAGAAACCCUAUAAAUGCAAUGACUGUGGCAAAGCCUUCAGCCAGGGUUCAAAUCUUAUACGUCAUAAAAGAAUUCAUACUGGAGAGAAGCCUUAUGAAUGUAGUGAAUGUGGCAAAGCUUUUAAUCAAUUUUCGUUACUUGUUGAACAUGAGAGAAUUCACACUGGAGAAAAACCAUAUGAAUGUAAGGUAUGUGGUAAAACAUUCAGUCGAUGUUCAGGUUUUAUAACUCAUCAGAGGAUUCAUACUGGUGAGAAACCUUAUGAAUGUAAUGAAUGUGGGAAAACUUUUGGUCGAAGUUCAGACAUUAUUAAUCAUCAGAGAAUUCACACUGGAGAGAAGCCCUAUGUAUGUAAAGAAUGCGGAAAAGCCUUCCGAGGUUGGUCAAGCUUUAUUCAACAUCAAAAAAUUCAUACAGGAGAAAAGCCCUAUAAAUGCAAUGAAUGUGGGAAAACAUUUCUUCGGAGAACCCAGCUUACCAAACACCAGAGAAUUCAUACUGGAGAAAAACCGUAUGAAUGUGAGGAAUGUGGGAAGACCUUCAGCCAGAGCUCAGAUGUUAUCAAACAUCAUAGAAUCCAUUCUGGAGAGAAACCCUACGAAUGUAGUGACUGUGGGAAGACUUUUAUUCACAGCUCACAUGUAGUUAGACAUCAAAGAAUUCAUAAUGGAGAGAAACCUUAUGAAUGUAAAGAAUGUGGCAAAGCUUUCAGCCAGAGUUCUAACCUUAUACGUCACCAGAGAAUUCACACCGGAGAAAAACCUUAUGAGUGUAACGAAUGUGGAAAAACAUUCAGUCAGAGCUCUGAUGCUAUUAAGCACCAGAGAAUUCAUACUGGAGAGAAACCUUAUGAAUGUAAUGAAUGUGGGAAAACUUUCAUCCAUAGCUCAAAUGUUGUUAGACAUCAAAGAAUACAUCAUGGAGAGAAUCCUUAUGAAUGUAGAGAAUGUGGCAAAGCCUUCAGUCAGAGCUCCAAUCUCAUUCGGCAUCAGAGAAUUCACACAGGAGAAAGAUCCUAUGAAUGUAAUACAUGUGGAAAAGCUUUCAAUCAAUCUGUGUUACUUACUGAACAUCAGAGAACCCAUACAGAAAUGAAACCAAAAAAGCUUAAAAGAUGUGAGAAAAUGCUUAAGCUUAACUCGGAUGUCACUGAACACCAGAGAAUUCAGAGUGGAGAGAGGCCUUUUGAGUACAACAGUGAGAAAGUCUUUAGUCAGACUUCACAUACUCCUCAGUAAAACUUGUCACAUGAAUAUGUAAAAGAAAAUUCUUAAUUGGAUUUUCUGCCUCUUAAAGCCUUCAAGACCUUCUCAAAUUAUAACGGCCUUAAGGACAGAGACGCUAUUCAAUUGGUUUUAUGUUGGAAAAAAAUCACCUGUGAAGAGGCAAUUAAUGAGUGCCAAAUCAAUUGAUGAAAUUGAUAGCUGCAUGCAGGUCUUCAGGCAAAAAGACUUACUCAGGAUACUUACUCAGGAUGGACUGAAGGGAAAAAGAAUCAGUAGAGCAUGUUUUCUUGGAAGCAUGGGUAAUUGAGAAAUAAUUACCAAAUUUUAAUUCUUC